CUCUCUUCCAUUCCAUUCCAAAAAUCAAAUCAGAAAAAUAAAGAACAAAAAAAAUUCAGAGAUCUCUUUUCUCUUUCUCAUGCACUAAUUUCAUUUUCUUUUCUAUUGAUUUUCUCUCUUCCGCGCCACAAAUCGAUGCCCCAUAAUGGAACGAAAGAAAACGUUUACCAUGAACUGGGACGCCCUCGGCGACCAAGACGACGACGAUGACCGCUUCUUCGAGACCCGUGAUCGCCUCUCCUCUGCCGUUCCUCUCGACUUGGCCUCCUCUGGCUCUGAUGAUGAGGAUGAAUUUGAAGACACCCGCUUGUCCUUUGCCUCCGCUAUUUCCUCCGUUUCCACUACCGAAUUCCGAAACUAUGCUGUCGCUGCCGCAGCUGCAAUGUCACCAGACUAUGAUAUCUGGAUGGCAGCCCCUGGAUCCAUUAAUGAACGCCGCAAGCGUCUGUUUCAAGGCAUGGGCUUAUCAGACGAUAAAGAGGUGCUUAGAAUCUCUAGUAAAGACUUGACGCGUGCUGUUUCUACCAAGAUUGUAAAUGAUCAAGCUUCUCCUGAUAUUAUUAUUAACAGCGACCCUGGAGGAGAUACGAAGCAAGAGGCUUCACCUCCACCGAUACCCGUAGUUCUGGUCCGUUCCAGGUCUGGCAAUGACAUAGACUCUUUUUCGGUAGAAAAAUCAAGAAAAGAAGAAUUACUUGGCAAUAUCUCCAAGCAACGCCUUACCAGAUCAUCCUCAAUGAUAAUUGUAUCACAGGCUCGAAUAUAUCCCUAUCUGGAUUCUGUUAGAGUUUCACCAAAGGAUGCAGGAAACAUGCGCUCACUUGAACAAAAUGGUGGCAUAAUGCCUCUAUCAUCAGAUAACAAGUUUGGUGCUUUUUUCUUGAUAAAGAAUUUGGAUACAGGUAAAGAAUUCAUUGUCAACGAGUACAAUCAAGAUGGGAUGUGGAAUAAGGUAAGCGAUCUGCAAACAGGGAAGCAAUUAACCAUGGAAGAAUUCGAAAAGUGUGUUGGCCAUUCGCGGAUUGUUAAGGAGUUAAUGAGUAGAGAAAAUGUUUCCAGGAUGAAUGGUGAUGACAGGAAAAUAACAGCCAAUAAUUAUCUAUCGAAGAGUUUGAGAACGAGCAAGAGAAGGGGGGCAGCUAUCUUGAAGAACAUAAAAGGUGUGGCUCAUUCUAUGUCUAUAACUGGAAGAGGUGCUGAUAAAGAGAGGGACAUUAAUAAUUCUCCAACAGCGGAAUCAAAACAAGGAGGCAAAAAUUCCUCAUCUUCUGGAUGGAUAAAGGUUAAGCAGACAGGGAAAUCUUACAAGGAGCUUAGUGCUUUGAAUUUGUGCCAAGAGAUUCAGGCUCAUGAAGGUUCCAUAUGGACCAUGAAGUUCAGUCCUGACACCCGAUUUCUUGCUAGUGGGGGAGAAGACAGGACUAUUCAUAUAUGGGAAGUUCAAGAAUGUGAAAUCAUGUCCUUGAGUGAAGGGAAUCUGACCCCUCUUCAUCCCUUUUCAACACCGGGUCUAGGAGAGGUCACACCAAUGCCUUCAGAAAGGAAGAAGAAGAAAAAGGGUUCAUCAAGUAAGAAAAGCAGUCCCAUUCCAGAAUAUGUCCAUGUGUCGGAAACUGUGUUUUCGCUGUCUGAGAAACCGAUCUGCUCUUUCUCCGGUCAUCUUGAUGAUGUCUUGGACCUGUCCUGGUCCAGAUCUCAGCUAUUGCUUUCAUCAUCAAUGGACAAAACUGUUCGGUUGUGGGACAUGGAAACCAAGAGCUGUCUAAAGUUGUUCGCUCAUAAUGAUUAUGUAACUUGCAUACACUUCAAUCCAAUGGAUGACAACUAUUUCAUAAGUGGUUCGCUGGAUAACAAAGUUCGUAUCUGGAACAUACCUGAUCGUCAGCUUGUGGAUUGGACUGAUCUUCACGAAAUGGUCACUGCUGUCUGCUACACCCCUGAUGGCCAGGGUGCAUUCAUUGGUUCACAUAAAGGGAGUUGCCGCAUGUACAAUGUUGAGGAUUGCAAACUGAGUCAAGCUGAGCAGAUUGACUUGCAAAACAAGAAGAAUCCAAAAAAGAUAACUGGUUUCCAGUUUUCCCCAGGCAAUCCAUCUGAAGUUCUUGUUGCUUCUGCUGAUUCUCGAAUUCGAAUUUUAGAUGGUUCAGAACUGGUUCAUAAAUUCAGAGGUUUUAGAAAUCUCAAUAGCCAAAUUGCUGCUUCAUUCAGUAAAGAUGGAAAAUAUGUAAUAUGCGCGAGUGAAGAUUCUAAUGUAUAUGUUUGGAAGCGAGACGAGCGAUCAGGGACUGGAAAAGGAAAAAAUAUGAUCGAUACACGAUCUCAUGAAAGCUUUCAGUGCAGAGAUGUAUCAAUCGCAAUCCCAUGGCCUGGUACUGUGAAGGGUGAUCCUCCACCUGUGCCAGUUAAUUCCAAAAGGCACUCCAAGCGUUCCUCCAACUCACAAACGCAUUCAACCUGUGGUUCGCCAACCAAAGAUGAUGCAUCUGUGAGUAGUAAGAAAAAUCCAACUUCUGCAACUGAUUCGCCCAUGACAGAAGAUAAUUCUGCAGCUACAAACAGUAAGAAACAGUUGCCACCUCUUCCAAAGAAAAACAACAGCAACAACAAUAAUGUAGAUAAAGCUCCAUCCCUGGAAGAGGACUCGUCUGCGAUUUCACAGUCUGAUUCUGGUCUCGGAGAUUCAUUCAGUUCUGUUUCUUCCUCCAUAAAGUAUGGUGAUUCACCUUCUAUUUCAGCUGCUCCUUCUCCGUCUUCUUCUUGGCCUUCCUCUUGGUCAUGGUUUGAUGGAAGUGGGAGUGGCAACCAAUCAGUACAAGCAACAGCAUGGGGCAUGGUGAUUGUUACAGCAACAUUGGGAGGUGAAAUUAGAGCUUAUCAAAAUUUUGGAUUGCCUCGCAGGAUUGGUCGCCAAUCCAACCUGUUUUGAGCCAUUGCAUGCAUAUGGAUUUUUUGUAUUAGAGAAAAUAGAAGCUUAACAUGGUUUUUGGUAAUAGUGCUUUAUUUUUUAAAGCAUAUCAUGAUUUCUGUGCUGCAAAAUAGUACUAGGAGAAAAAUGCUGCAAAAUAUUACUGGGAGAAAAAUGAGCUUUGAUGUUA